GAUGGACGAUUUGAUUGUCGAAGUUUGCGGCCCGAAUGGGGUGUUUUACAAGGCUUAUGUGAAGAAUAUUCAUACUGGUGAAGUGACCGUUGGAUUUGAAAAUGAUUGGCAACCUGAAAAGCGUGUCCCUUUCAAAGACGCCCGGCUUCCUCCUGCACAAAUUGCUCAAAAAACUUUCAAGGAGGGAGACGCCGUAGAAGUCUUCAUCAAGGCGAAAGAUGAGAAGGAUGGGGCUGGUUGGUGGCCGGCGACAGUACGGCUUGUCAAGGGCGAUCUCUUGGUGAUCACAUUCCCAGGUGCUGAUGCCAAUGCCAAGGAUAUUGUGUCUGUUGAACAUGUGCGGCAUGUCAGUAAAUGUUCUCCAAUAGAUAGCAAUAGUUUCUACAAGUGUACGAUUGAUGUUCCUCAGGACAUGCGAGAGAUCUGUCGAGAAGAAGACAGCCACAAGGACUUCAAGAAACACUGUGGUGCAUCAGUGGUGGUCUAUGAUGACAGUGCUUCGACUCUCACUGUUUUGUCGACCCUAGACUCUGUUAUAAAGCGUGCUUCCUUACUUGGAGAUAUGCACUUCAGGAAUCUGAGACAGAAAAUGCUUUUAAAACAACGAACAGAAGAAGCAGUGAAAAAGUUGGAGUCCACCAAACUUCAUUCCAAGGCCCAGUGCCUUGAAGAGUUUUCCGUACGCGAGGAUCUGAUGGGCCUGGCGAUCGGUACCCACGGCUCCAACAUCCAACAGGCACGGCGCAUGGAGGGAAUCUCGAGUAUCGACCUGGAUGAGAACACGUGCACGUUUAAAGUUUUAGGUGACACGCAAGAGGCAGUGAAAGCUGCGCGUGGUCUUUUAGAAUAUGCUGAACAAACCUUCCAAGUACCUAGAAAUCUUAUACCCAAAGUGAUAGGUAAAAACGGUCGAAAUAUCCAAGAUAUCGUUGACAAAUCAGGUGUGGUGCGAGUCAAGAUUGAAGGUGACAAUGAACGCCAGAGUGAGGGGGAGACUGCAACAAAUUACACGACUCCCGUCAGUGUGAGUUCCAAUAGUGCGCAAGUUCCGUUCAUUUUCGUCGGAACCAUGGAAAAUAUCAGCAAUGCUCAGAUUCUGCUCGAGUACCAUCUCAGUCACUUAAAGGAAGUCGAACAACUCCGCCAGGAAAAAAUGGAUAUCGAUCAACAACUUAAAAAUAUUGGUGCUCCCCCUACACCUGGGCCAUAUUUCCCUCCACCUCGAGAACGCAGGUUUGUUGAUAGAAGAGGAGGGAGUAACGACCCGUAUUUAGAUGAGCGUGGAGGUCGGGGUGGGCGUGGUCGUGGCAGGGGUGGUCGCGGUGGUCCUCGUCGAUGGGCCAAUGAACGACAUGACCGGAUGACACAAUCAGGAGAAGAUCUGUCAAAUUACCGCCCAAUCAACGACUGGGCAGAAGAACCUGUUAUAGAGGAGGACGGACGUUCAGGAUAUUAUACAGACAGUAUGUUAAGUCAUCGUGGUGGACGCGGCCGGGGCAGAUAUCGUUAUGGUGGUGGCCGGCUACCACCGAGGGACCCAGGUGGCCGUGGCUAUGAUCCGAGGUCAGAGCGAGGGGGUCGAAGGGGCCAGGAUCGCCGGCGUGUCGACAUCAGUGAAGACUCCAUGACCGUAACCAUGGACGGACAGCAACCAUAUCAUGGUAACCGGGAUUAUGGUGGCGGCAGACGUCGGGUAACAGACGAUGAAGAUACAGUAUUAGAUAGUGCUGGACAGGAGGUCUCUAGUGUCACCAGUCAGGAUCAAGAAAGUGUGUCAUCCAUAGACGGAAACAACUCCAGUCGUCGUCGGCGACGAAGACGGAAUAAUAAAAACCGCAAUCGUCGUGGCAACGGUGGUCCUACUUCGGGAACUGAAACAGACAAUAGUGUAUCUAAUUAUGGCGGUGGUAGAGGUGGUGGGGGUGGGGGCCGUGGGGGGCGCAGCAAUGGUACCGAUCACACAAGUGCUGGCGGAGAGGCUUCUAAGGGCCCGGUCAUCCGGAAUGAAUCUGGUUCCAACGGGAAGGCAGAUGAAAAACGGGAAACUAGGUCUUCGCAGUCGCCAAGUAAAAGUGUCAAUGCGGCAGAUAAAGCGAAUAAUAAGGAAGCGGACUCGAGAAAAGACGCACCAAAAGACCAACGGGAGCCAAGACGUGGUGGCGGCCGAGGUGGGAAGCCAAUGAGUACCCCUGGAGAUAAAAUGGUUAACGGUGAACAAUAGUGUCGUUGAUGAUGUUCGCUGGAGUGUGUGAUACCAUGUACAGAGUCCAUUUUGUAAGCUUCCAAGAUGACCACGCCGCGCUUAAGCCGCUGUGAAAUCUCGACGAGGCUUUUCUCUUGUUCAUACCAAUAUGUAAAAAGGCUGGCAACGCUGUAAACUUCCACUGCGCAUGUCAAGUUAGAAAUGUGUCGCCCCUGUUAUGAAUGGUCAUCCUGUAUUGAAUGAGUUAUCGAGCCGUGAUUCCAAUCUUGCCGAGGGUAGACAUGUUGGAAGCAAUGCUUAUCAUGGUAUGCAGGCUUAUUACGUGAUAUCCAGGCCUAUAUGUGCUAUUCCUAUGCAGCCUUAGAUUUCGAAAGCCAGAAUUUUUUUUAUGAUUUGUGUUGUCUUUUUCUACCAAAUAAAAAUCAUUAAUGCCAGUCAUGAACAUUUUUGAAAAAUCAGGCAAAAUCAUUUGGUUCAUUUUGUCAUCUGUCUCCUUGACCUUUAUAAUAUGUUUCUUCAUUCUAAACCGUACGUCUUACCAAACCUUAAUUUCAUGAUCAGCUGUAUAAUUUUUUUGCUGACUCAUCAAAGCUAUGAAUUUUAACCUUAAACCAACUGUGAUAUCAGUGUAAAACCAGUGGGAGUUUGUGUACUAUCAUCCUCAAGUCAUCAAAUAUUAUAAUCGUAAAAGACAUCCACUUGUGAAACCAUUCGUACUAGUGGCAUUGAACUUCAUCUUGCCCUGAUAUGUCCCGCUACUUCUCAAUGAAGUUUCAUUUCAUUUGUGCUGUAAUUACAUGACCUAAUAUAAGCUGAAGUAACAUUUCUUGUCAAAAACAAUUUUAUUCAAAAAAGCCUUGCAGUCGUAAGGUGACUUCACUGAUGUUAUACCAUAAACCAGGACAUUUUCGUUUGUGUUUGAAUUUUCGGAUUUUUGCGUGUGGCAAAAUUUGCUAAAAUAAAACAUAGUGAGUAGGAAAAUCUAACUGAAGUGAUUAUUAUAGGGUGUCAAAAUUGAGUUAAAACUGCACAAAAGUUGCAAAUUCCCAAAAUCUUGAAUAAAGGACAAUAGCCACAUAUAGUUUACAGUAGCCUGUUGUGAAGAGAAGUACAUAAUAACACCUUUUCCUAAACAAUUCAUAAACAAAUGUGAUUGUCCAUAUUAAUCCAGCUUUUCAUUUUUGUAAAAAAAUUUAUAGAUAAAAAAUACUGCGAUUAUGUUGUGUUUUGUACGGAGCUAGACUCAGUUAAGCUAGAAUUUGUGAUCAGUUGAGUAUUCUAACACCUUAUAGUAGAUGCUUCCAAGCUUGACAUGUGCAGUCGGAUGUUUUUCUCGACUACGACAAUGCAGCCUACUUUUACACCGCUGUGGAAAUACAGGGUCACUGUUUUAUGAUGUUUUCUUUUAAGACGAAAAGUUUAUCAGCAUUUGGGAGAGAAACGGAUACAUAACGAUUGAUUCUGAUCUGUUGCUGAUGAAAUUUGUUAAGAUGGGGUCAGAUCCGAGAAGGGAUGUUGAAAUAAGGAGGUUGACAGCCCUGCGAGCUUGCCACAGUUCAAAGGCUUGUUGGGUGCACUAAGUUCGAAGGCUUGCCACAACAAGUUCGAGGGGCUUUGGUUGGGUAGAUGCCAAGUGGUGAGAGGAAUUGCGGGGAAUGUACCAGUGAUAUCUUAGUAGGUGAUUUCAAUUUGUGAUGGUGCUUCAAACAAGAAUAUCAUGUUGUAUCAUUGACAGUAAGGUAAUGUGCAGACUUCGGAAAAACUGACCCGUCAGUCGUUUGUAGAUAAAUGAACUGAUCCUGGACUUGGCUGCUGGUACCAGUUGAAUUAAAAACAUCUAAAACAGUGAUCCUAGAUUCAAGUAAACCCCUUUGGGGAACACCUAAUAUUAGCAAACAUUUCGAACCAACGAGUCAAAACAACUCAAUUUGACGUACAACCCGACAUCGGGUCUUGGACAAACGGAUUAUGAUCACACAUUGAUGACUUUAUGAUGUAUGUAAUUCAGAACUUCAGAUUCUUGGUGUUGGAACUUCUUUGAACAAAAAUAGAAUGAUGGGGGUCUGGGUGGCUGAACCUAACCGUAAUGUAUCAUCUUUCGUGGCCUAGUCAUUGCCCUGUUGGUAGGCUGGUGUUAGGUUGUAAUAUUGUGGCUUUCUUCAUGUACAGACCCCCAUAAUAUUGUAGAUAAUUUUCAUCUCCUUUCGAUUUUCUGGGUGCAAAAGUUUUCUCCUGCGAUUUUACCUAACCUACCCUAGACAAUUGAGUGGACCUUCCCUACGAUGGUGUUAGAUUGUUCCAUUUUAGCAUAGGGGUACAGGUUGUUUGCAAAUAGCAUAAUUUUUUCAAUGUUGGAGCUGUUUUGAAUGAAGAAUUUAAAAGUCAAAAGCAGUUGAAAUUGGUUUUAUUGUACAAAUGUUUGAAGCAACCUUUUAGAAAAUAUUGUUAAUGAAUUUUUUUAAUCAUUCGAAAGUGUCGAGUCUUAAAACUUAACUGAUGUCCCCUGAAAUGGAGAACAAAAACAAUGAGAUAUUGUAAAAAAAUGAACUAAGUCCCCUCAAGGAUAAAAGAAAUAAAUAAGAAUAUGCGAUGUGACCUUUAAACCUUUAAGGACUAGAAAUGUUUUUAAAAACUACCUAUUUGGCGCAAAAUCAUGUCACUAAGUAUGCCAUCAGAAAGUGGCUAUCAAUAUGCUCCAGUGAAUGGUCAAUAGGUUUAAAAUCUUGGCAUUUUUUGGACAAUUUUUGUCAAUAAGGAAGAUAGCAGCUGAUGAGUGUCAGCCCGUCCUCGAAAACUUCAACUUUAUCCUUGAGGGGUUAACAAACUGCUCAAUCAACUUUGCAUUGAUUUUGUUUUCUUGUUGCCUUAACCCUUUCACUGCGCAAACCCAAAAUUUCUGUAGGUUGCUGACCAGCUUACACCUACAAAAGGGUUGAUUCAAAAAUGCCAGGUCUUUGUCACAGCAAGACACGAUGAGAAUGCAGCAAAGGGCAGUAAUGAAAUGAAAAUAAAAUCCAUGUGAAGUCAAGCGAUUUUGCAGUCAAGCUAUUCUGGGUACCAUCCCAGUGGAUAAAUUGGCAUUGCUAUGCCUAUGAUGAAGAGGUGGAGUGGUAAGGCAUGGGAAAAUGAGGUGGCCAGCAUUCCCUUAGAACUUUCAAAAGAAAACACCCAAGUUGGAAAAUUUCAGUUUUUUUCAGUGAGAGUUGAAUUGAAAAAUCUCCAUAAACCUUGCAUUACCUUGAAGUAGUGAACUGGUUGUAAGAGAAAUAUACAAGCGGGCAUCUACGGUGCAGGAAACAGCUGGAUAGAAAUCCAAAAGAUAGGGAAUGCUGACUACUAAAUAUUCUUAAAUGCUGCUAACAGGUGGAAGGCAUGCUAACCUUGAGGUCAUGCCACCCCUGAGGCAAAACACAAGGCUUUUAACAUGACAGUGUGUGAAGCCAAUAGGUGUCAGAACUACCCUGAUGGAGAUCAGUGAGAGCUGUCUUGAUCGGGGUAGGUGGGUGAAGUCUGAGUCCUCUUAACCUCGACCUGCUUCUGGGCAGAGAGAUCACUGCGGGUGAACUACUUUUGGCAGGAGGCAGGUGUCGGUUGUUCUCAUCUGGACAUGCCCCAGGAUGAAAAGUGUAAAGUACCGAACACUUGUGACUUGUCAGUGAUGCAAUCGUGCCUGUUAAAAGGAACGGUUAAGAUGAUUCAGACUGAAGUUUAAAAUCAUCUAUUUACCAACAGGAGAGCCUGGUAAUGACUGAAAUAACCCCGUUAAUGUACACUUAGGUAUAUAAAUCGGGCUGAACCAAAUUGCUAGUGUCUCUUGUUGGGAUUUAGCUGUUGAAUAUAACAAUAUAAAGUGAUUUGUUUCAUGAACAUGGUACCAUUAAGCACGUGUAGACCAUACACCGGGAGGGGAAUGUUGAAGAAACUCCUUCGGUCAAGGCUCAUUGAAAGUGAGAAAUCAGGAAAAUCGUGAGCAUUCGGGUUUUGAAAUCUGCUUCAUGAAGCAAAUCGUCUUCAAACUAAAAAAGACAAAUCUCAUUUCGCUGGUCUUUCUUUUCUCCAAAUGAAAAUAAAAAUAUUGCUAAAAUCAUUGGAAGUUGUAACGUGUUUCAAAUUUUUCGCAUGUUUAAUACCAGACAGCCAUUGGUUGUAUCAACGGAUAUGACCGCAGUUUCAACCUCAUUGUGAUGUGCAUCAUCAAAAAUAUUUUAAACAAAUUAGAAUUGUGGGGAGGAAGACCAGUGAAAUGAAAUACCCAUGUCGUGUGAACUGUCCAGAUAACUUCAGGAAACUCUAUGCUACUUGAUAGAAGAAUUUUACCAGUGAGUUAGAAAUAAAACUUACAUUGUUCAAACCGGAUGAAAAGCAAGAGUAGAAGCUUUUGCUCUUCAAUGUUUUUCCAAAAAUAUUCUCGUAUUGCAACAAUUUUUUGAAUAUCUGUUGGUUUUCAAUAUUUUGUGGCCCAAAUGGUCUUUCUGGUCAGGUCACAUGACAUGGGUACCUUGACAACGACAAACAAACCGUUGACUGUAAAUAUUUUAUCACUUUAAACUGAAUAUUAUUAACGCGCCAAGCUUAGACUUUGAGCAUUAUUACAACCGAUCAGAACCAUUCUCACCCAAUCGUGUACACAGGGUACCUUUCAUAGGAAAAAGGUUGACAGAAUCUGUUAUAUUGGGUUUAUCUGGGAAAGUAGUCUGUUGAGUUAUCCUUAGAAUUUCUCGUUGGCAGAAACAAAUAUCUUUUUACUUGAGUUAUUGGAAUAAAUUUGUCUGAAUUCAGCAAGGUAGGAGCAAUUCUGCUUCAGAUUGAUCAAGAGGUUGGAGGGGAUGAAGUGGUACUUGCAAGGAAAGAUGAUGCUUUGGCAAUGAAGAAGUGGACUUUUGACUCACCCCAGUAGAUAGGGCGAUGAGUCGCGUACCUUUCAAGUUGUUGGGUUGUUGGUAGAAGCUGAAUGCUGUAAUUUGCCUGUUGAAGAUUGAAGGAAAUGUUGUGUUCUGAAGAUUUUGAUUCUGUUUUCCUGUGGAUGGUAUCCUGUAGGUAUGUCAACCAUUCAACCAACUAUUACAUUUCUGCUCCGUACCAGGUUCAGGGAACCCGAGAAGGAUACAUGAAGAGCUCGGGGAAAUUUGCGUUCCUGUGAGUGUGAGGAAAGCACGUGCUCUUCUCAGUACUCAAUACAAGUGCAGCUUGAUGACUAUCUAUCGGCUUUUGAACGGAUUACAUUGGUGAGUUGACCUGAACCGAGAUAAACCGGCAUUCACUGACAGGACCAUUUCAGGUUGAACGUCCAAGUUGAGCAUUGCGCAAUUCUAGCGAUUGUGGGUUACCAUCUCUAGCAGUGUUUUGGUCAGUGUUAUAUUCCCUUCAUCUGGUUUGAAUCCGGUUAUGAACGAGUUGGGGGAGGGUAUCGAGACUUUCCCCAAGAAAAGGGCACUUCGAUAUAGCGAGUAUGCGAUGCUACUAAAAGUGGUGUAACUUUGAGUUGUCCUCUCCUUGUCACUGCAAACUGGUACGGCGCAGACAUUUUAUGAUAUUAUCAAGAUGUAUUUUCGCAAUGGUGUACAUUGAGAGACAAGGAUGGGUAGUGAAUGUUAUACCAGACAGACAAGCCAAUGGAAAUGAUGACCUUCUAAAGUUCAUUUCAGUUUUGCCAUGCUUCAUAAUCGAUAUUAGUAUUUCAUUUGUUGUGUCAGGUUUUGUAAAUUUUUGGUGUUCAUGUAUUUAUCUUCAUUUUCAUGUCCUGUGUUAGAGAGUUUGUUUCUCGAAAUCCCCAUUGAAAACAUAGCAUGGAAGUGUCUACAGUUUCUAAAAAUGUCUGAUCUUCUGAAAAAAAGAUGUAAGGGAAUAAUGUCAAUAUUCAGUACCGAUCUCCUUUUACAUAUCGUUUUAUUUUGAGGCAGCAUUCUACGUUCGUAGCUCGAACCUUGAUAUUUUUUUGUAAUCUUUGUAGGUCACCUGUAUUGUUUUUACUUAUUUGGCCCUGAAUUUUUUUGCUUUUUAUGUUUGUCUUGUAAGCUCAAGUAGUUACUGUGUUUAGCUCAAAAUGUUCUUAAAAUAUGUUUGUAAAUGAUUCUGGUGUGUUCUGUAAACUUUUCUUCUUGGAACAAAACGGCAUUGCAGGUAAAGGAAAGGACUCCUGAAUUGUGACUUUUUAGUUACCAUGUCAGCAUGCCGAUUCAAAUUUGGUUAAUCGGCAAGUUUAAAAAUGACUGCUCAGAGUGCUUGUACUUCUUUAUGAAGUAGAGAAAAUGUAUUCGUUAAGAAUGCUAUUUGCCGUUCACGAAGUACUUUCAAAGUGAGUUCGCUCAGAUCUACUUCUUAUGAAGCAUCAAAGUGCCGUUCGUACUUUUGGGCAAAUUCUACUUAUGAGCAAAUGCUUCUUUAAAUAACUUGCCUUGCUGUAAAGAAAGUCAGAUCCAAUGUAUUUUGUUCCAUCACUCUCAGAAGCAGUAUUUCCAUUGGCUUGUCAGAACUGAAGUCUUGAACACUAUCUCUACUGAGAUGUUGGGUAAUUGGUAACUGGCGGAAUAUCGGUCAAUUUGAUUGGAAGAUGUCGCUUAUUGUUUGCAAAUGCUGUAGAAGGUUUCAUGCAUUGUAACUAUAUGUCCAUUUCAUGAGAAAUUGACACUGCACGCAAGAAGACUAAAAUUGCUGGGAGUCCAAAAAUAGUGAGUAUUUCGCAUCAGGUCGUUCUUGGUCCAGCUUUGUGUGAUUCUGGCAAAGUACACCGAGGCCUACAUGGAAGUAUGUUCAGGUGCUUAGGACUUUGGAGUUUUAACCGCUGCAUUUUCUGCACGAAGUCACCUUGCGUCCCAGUGCCAGUUUCUCGUGAAAUGGCCUAUAGGUGUUGUCAUUUGGUUCUCCAAAGUUGAGACGUGACGUCCACCUGGUUUGCUCUGAGGAUGUUUGAUGAUUGAACUCCCAGUGAAAUAUUUGUACCCAAAUAGGCUAAAGAAUGUUUAAAACUGCAUUUCAUUUUCUGCUCUCUGCUCGAACUAAUAAAUAGGCACAUUACGGAAUGCACAGACAGACCACAAUUUGUGCUACAUCCAGAAGAGGGCAGUGGCGGAGUUACUGUUCGAGCGAAGGUGAGAGCUUAAAUGACAGCUGCCACUCAAUACCAAGGUGCCUCUGGUGCCUCUACAGAUAUUCUGGUAGUCUUUCUUUGUUUAACUGUGAAGGGCAUAAGCUGGCAAAUAAAUGUUUUUUGGCAAACUUGGGUAGAAAUAGGUGAAGUGCAAAGUGAAACUCUUUUUAACUCGUUGCCUGUUUAUUUGUACAACAUGAUUGUAUGGAACAAACAUGAACCAAGUAUAUGAUAAACCACGUUAGGGUGGAACCAACCAGGAAUAUUUGUUACCAAAAGCGUGGCAUUUGGUUCAACUUUUAUUUGGGAGUAAGAUAUCUACAUUUUAUUUUUGCUGAGUGAUUUGAGCUGCCAGCUGACUGAAGAUCCUAAGUUGGUCUUUUGAACUUAUUAUGGUAGUUUUUACAAGAAGGGUUUGUCAUGUUGGUGUCAAUAGAGGGUAUCGGCAUAUCAAAAGUCGAUGCUGAUUCUCACCUAGGAAUGUGACAAAAUGUCAUCAAAACUCGGGACAAAAUUUACAUAAAAUCUCAAUACCCAAGUGACCACAAGUGCCAGGUAGGAGCAGCCAUAGUUUUGCCAGUACCCGAUUACAUAUUGCAAGGCAAAUGAGACUAGAUUUAUAAAACUGCUGACUCGCACUGGAAUUUUAGAAUCAGCGAAAAUAUUGAGUGAAAUACAUUUGAAAGCCACUUUAUACAGAGCAGGCAGCUCGGAUCACUUGGUUACACCUCUUUUAUGGAGUUGAUAAUAACAUUUGAGAUCAAGGUUCAAGGAAAGUCAUGACAUUCAUUUCAUGAUUUAUUCACUUGGAAUUUGUCCAAACUGGUCCUGAGUUGUCUGGGUGCUGUUGUCGAGUUGUGAUGAAGAGUUGGAAUUUUCAAUUCCAGGGGCCAGCAAAAUCUCUUUGCUUGAUGAAUCCUUGACAACAUCAGGUGAUCCUCACCAGUCAAUAUUUCAGUGUUCUUGCAUGUCAGUCUUUCCUGGUACAGGUAUUACUCUUGAAAAUAUUUUUAACACCAUUCUUUUAAGAACAAUAUGUUCUCGAUCAGUUCGACCUACGGAUGCAUGAAGCUGGUAGAUAUUAUCGACAUCAGAUGCGUGCGUUUGUGUGGAAUGUUUCUAUCCAAAAAAGUGUAGCCAAUAAAAAUAUUUAUCUCUAA